AUGCCGAUUCACGCUACAUUGAUAGAUACAACGCAAGACGCGGCCUUUCCAUCAACAUCGCAUAUUGACACGGUCACGGUACCUAGUGCAUCACUCAAGUCAAAGCGUGCAGAGAGUGCUGACUCCGCAACCUUGCUUUCUUCCGCGCCGCUGACGUUCUUGUCAACCUUGAUUCCGCCACCGCGGUUGCAGGACGUCGGCAAGCUUGUUGUUGUGCUAGAUCUCGACGAGACGCUUGUGUAUAGUCGCGACAUCACUAUCUACAAGCGUCCUGGUGUGGUUCAGCUGUUGAGGACGCUGAAGGGGAAGUGUGAGGUGAUUGUGUGGACAGCCGGCACGCGCGAGUACGCACUAGAUGUAAUUCGCAUAAUCGAUCCGGCAUGCGCCGUGCAGCACUGCAUCUACCGCCACCCCAUAUGGUGGACAGGCGACGUGGGCUGCGUAAAAGACCUUCGCCUGCUAGGCCGCCCCAUGGAUCGAGUGCUACUUGUAGACAAUACCCCCAGCGUGUUCCGUGCUAACCCGCGCAACUCCCUCCUUGUCGAGGACUUCAUCGUUCCACAUCCGAGAGCGUACAACGCACAGGAGAAAACGCUGUCGGUAUUGGCCGACAUCUUCGGGCGUGUUUUCCGUCAUAUCACCUCUCCAUGUGUUGCUGAUGUGCUGGCAAGCAAGCGCAUCAGCCGGCAAGUCAUUCAACUCGAGCAGGGUGGACGUGUGGAGCUCAACAUCCUCACCCCUGCGUGA